AUGGCAGGAGACGAAUCGGAGGCGGAAGAGGAGGCGCCGGCAGAGCCUGAGCUCGUCGUACGGGUGACAGUAACGGAGAACGAGCAGCUGAAGAGACAGAAGGAGGCAGAAAGAAUGGCAAGGGCCCUGGCAAAACAAGAAGGCGCCGAGGAGCAGGAAGGAGGGGACGGUAACGACGCGGGUGAAAACGAGCAAGAGGAGCCCAAGUUAGAAGACCUUGGAAUGAGCUUCGAUCUCAGAAUGUAUGACGGUGUGUCUGUGCAAAGCGAAGUCAUCAACGAUUCAUCGUUCGUCUUCGAGCACAGAAUGCCGAUUCCCAUUGCAGAGGCCGUAGCUCUUGCUAUCACCGAGAACGAGCUGGUCUGCAUGAUCUCGGUGCUGGACCCUUCCUCUGAUGCUCCCGUCGUUGUCCUCCCUAUCAAUAUCCAUCACCUCAUUGGCGGAGACCUGGAGGUAUCCCAGACGUGCUCGCUCGCGUCGACGAGACUAGCCCUCGACCCGUUCAAUCUCGUCUCUUUCACCAUCACAUGCACUGCGAACAAGGAUGUGUUGGACGAGGAGACGCGUCAGAAGCUCAAUCCUCUCACUAUUACCAUCUGCGAGGCGAAUCAGAUGCCGAGCCGUGACACGUCCGGCCGAGAGGCGUCCUUCUCCGACAUGCACUCCGCUCUCCGACCAGCCUUCUGCAAGUACACGUUCUUGGGAAGGGCGGUGGAAACCAACGGAGUUCUGCAGGAGAAGAAGCUUGUCUUCGAUCAUCGGCAAGUGUUCUGCCUGGGGAUGAAAGAGCCGUCGGAUGUGAUGGAGUACUUGCUGCACAAGGAGCUUCUCGUCGAGAUUCGUGAUCGCGAGAAAGCCAAGACAGCAGAACCGACCAUGUCGGAACCUCUGCCGGCAGAGGAGGCGACGCCGGAGGGAGAGGAGACGACAGAGGAAAAGAAGUUGAACUCAGACAUCGUCAAGCAGUGGUCAGGGCUCAAAAGGAUCGACAAGGAACGAGCUACUCAGAUCCCUCCUCCUCCUCAGUUCGGGCUGGUGAGGGUGAAACUUGCAGACAUGGUGAGGGAGGGGAGUAUGAGGAUAGUGGCGACACGAGAGAUCAGUCCGAUGAAGGAAGAGAACGCUCCUAAGUAUGCUGUCUCCUUCCACAACAAAGAAUAUCCCUCUGCGUUCAUCGAAUGUGGCAGCACCAUGACAGUCAAGUUGUCGCUCUCGCAUCCCCUGGAACAGUUUGUCUACGAAGGGAACUUCCAACGGGUUGUGCUGAAAAUUCCGUAUGCCGACACAAAGAUGCUUUCGCUGAUUGAAAACCAAGUCAUGAAGAAAAACUGCAUCGCGCUGCAGGGUAAAGUUGAUGCUCCCCUGGACCUCAGCAUGGACAGUGAAAUCCUCAAGAAAUCUCUUGCGACGGUCUCGUUGACCCACGACUUGCAAAGCGAUCCUACGCUCGACAUCAUCACGGGAGUGCAGGUGAUCGAGGGUGACUCGCGUCUGUUCAUCUUGGAAGGGAUCAUCUCCAGGAUCAACGAGGAGGAGGAGGAGGAGGAUGGAGCUAUCAUAGAGCUGAUCAAGAGUUUUUCUCACCCCAACAAGAAGGAGACUGGAGGGAGGAGUUUCAUCCUUUACAACCCCAGCCUCUCCUUCAACGAGAGGUUGUACGGAGGUUUCAACGCAGAGAUCAGGAGGAUCCGGCUCAAGAACAGCAUCAAGACUCUCUUGUCGCAGACGCAGCUGUCCCUGUCCUCCAAGUACCUCCCGUCCCUCCUCGCUCUCAUGCGCCUCUACGGCAUGAUGGGGGCAAGAAACAUGGUGCAAGUCAGGGAGGUCGUUUGCUUCCCUUCGGUGGAUCAGAUUAACCAGCUCUACAAGAAGUACGGCGACAUGCUGAGGACAGAAGACAUCGCGGGAGUUCCCGAGAAGAACUUGGAGGAGAUGCUGAGCAGAGGAGUUGACAAGAUGAACCUAUCGGAGGAAGAGCUCAAGGCCGUUACUAAAGAUCUCCCGUCUCGUCCUCAUCGUGUACCUCCUACCGACAGCAGCAACCCUGCCUACCUUGCCUACCUCAGCCUGAAGCGCCAGGAGCCCCCAGCUGACUACCAGGAGCAGCACAAACUUCUCGUGAAGGAUCUGAGCGACAAGUCGAGGUCCAAGAUGAACAAGUCAAUCAGGCCGCAGUCGUCGUGGGUCAAAGAUGACGUGUACAUGUACUGCUCGCAGAAGCUGUCCUUCUCCAGUCUUCACCAACAAGUGAUGCGAAGAAGGCUAAUGCGAGACUACGGGAAGGUCCACUACACGUACUCGAAGGAUUUCUUGAGCGGAGCUUUUGUGUUGGUUGAUGUUGAGGAAGCGAGGAGGAAGGAGGAAGAGGAGAAUAAGAAGUUGAUGAUCACCAGCGAUGGCUUCAGCGCCAUCAAGCCCACAACUGUCGAGACAUUCCGCAAGUUAGCCGGAGGCGUGACGGUCGAUGCAGCCAAAGGAUGGGAGGGAGGAGGAGGAGGACAACUGACAGAUUUCGAGAAGGAAAACCUGAAGCAAGAGUGGCUAGAUCCUGGUCUGUCCUUGAAGAAUGUUUCCUUCCACGAUCUCGACGUCAAAGAUGCAAGGACGGAAGCCGCGGGCCUUCACGGCGGAAAGCCUUUUCGUCGCUAUCACGCGCACGCGGCGCCAGAGACGUUCGGGUUGCAGUAUGAAGUAUUCGGGUGA